GCGGAGCUUGAAUAUUGAACUUGUUACCGUUGUCUGCAGUGAUAUCAUAACACUGCAAUAUGAAGACGCGCGUAUGUGACCGCCACUCCUCUUCAUCUCGGGAAUAGACACAGGUCAGUAAAGACCCUGCUUAGUUUAUUUCAUGCGGCCGUGACCUCAUCUUUGUUUACCUGCUGGGGUUGUAUUUUUGUCCACCAAAGCAUCAGUCUCGAUCAUUCCGUAAUGUCGUCAAAAUGCUGACUUCCUCCACAGUAAUUGUUGCACCCCUAGCAUCAUCGGGUACUACAUCAUAAAUGAUUUUUUUAACGAUAUGACUUAGAUAUUGGAAAUCUUAUUAGCAAUGCAUGCCGAAGCAAGGCUAAUCCUGUUGCAGCAUCUAAUUCGGAGAUGACAAUGAUCACCUCCCAUUGGGGGGAAAUGAGGCUUUUGCAGGAUGUAGCUAAUGCAUUCCUGUGGCAAGAAAGGAGAAGUGUUAGGUUACCCAUAUGCGGCUAUGCAAUGCUUUACCCUCGAAAUACAGUAUCUAUUUAUGCCAGAAGCUUGAUAUUGAUAAAUACUAAUUUUAGUCUACUAUGAAGCAAACCUGUUGUAAUUUAUAAAGAGCAAACCAGUCUCUGGCCAGUAUUCUCCUUACUUAUGCACAUUUUUUGGGAAGAUGUCAGCUUGAUUGUUUUUGAGAACCUUGCUCCAUGACUAUAAAAUAUCUAGCUGACUUCUUUAUGAGCUCAUUUGGUUGCAGGUAUAAGUUUUUAUUUCCUCUAUUUAAAAUCAGGCCACAUUUUACAACUCUCUUUCUUGUGCAGGUGCUGUGAUCAGGGGAAAAAGUACAGAAUGGGGUCUAAACGUAGGAAGAAGGCUGCCAUCUGAUCCUGUCAUCCCUCUGUCACUGCCGCACGCUUCAGAGUAAAGAAAGAUUGAAAAUGGCUCAGUCUGUGAGGAGGCCUGAGACUCUCGGACACAUGGACCACGAGCCUCAGAGGGACAAGACCAGGACCAGCUACUUCGGCAAUGUCAAGACCAGGUCAGGCCUGUAAACACAUGGAUUAGUGGAAAUAAAACAAAGCUCUUGCCAAACAUGUGACGAUUCUGGCCAACAUUCACCUCUCAGAUUAAAGCACAAUCACAAUUUAGUCUUUCAUUAUUACAGGUGACAUGUCCAGAUUACUGGCAUGUGUCCUGCCAGACAACAAUACAUAUAGUAUUUUUUUAUAAUAAUGAUAACUUUGUUUAUACAGCUCCUUUAAAAACAAAACUUUACAAAGUUCUCCAGCAGCUAAGGUAGAAUACAGAUAUACAGAUGUAGAAUUAAUACAGCAGAGGAGAAUAAAUUAUGAAUUAUAGCAAACAAAGGGAAAAAAAUACAAGAGCAGUAGCCUUUUAAUGACAAAUAAGAUUUUCAGAAGAAGGAAAAGAAUGAAAAAGGAACGAAAAGAAAAGAAAAGGGCAAAUACAGUUCAUAAAUACACAUCUUUAUCGUUGCACACCAUCAUGUAAGAAAGUGACCUGAUGUUUUCAGGAACUCCUAAAACUAAGUUAAACUAAAGGACAAUGACACCUAUUUGAAAAGCUACAGAACUUUUCAUUAGUGUUCUAGACAAAAAGGAAGAUGCCUUGCUAAUGUACAGUAAAAUAAAUGAAGCGAAAAAAACACAGAGCUGCUUUACAUAAAGAGUGCAGAGGCAGUUUACAUACAUCUUUGCACAGGCAAAUAAUUCUUAGACAUCUUGAAGUGGCUUUAAAAAAUAUUUUAAAAUGUGCUGGAAGAAAUCACACUUAAUCAAUAGGAUUAAUCAUAUGACAUGUCAGAAAUAAGGCAAAUUGCUAUAAAUGCUGUAAAAGAAACAGUGCUGCAGUACGCUGUACAUUUCCUCCAGUGCUUUACAUGAUCAGCUUGAUAAAAAGAAUAAGGAUAAUGUCCCAUAAAUAAUAAAUAUUAAUAAAUUCAUGGCAUGUUUAUGUUAUUAGUAUUCCUUCAAUCAUGAAUUGAACUUGCUAGAAUUGAGUGGUAUUUAAUACAUUUGUCUCUAAAAUCAUUGUCUCACAUAACCUCAAUUUUCCGCUUUUGCAGUGAGAUGAUUUCCAAAGUUAGGGAGAGAAAGAUAGAGAUAGAACAGCCAGAGUCUUAUAAUCAGCUAAAACUACACCCAGACUAUGAUUUUUUUUUUUCUUUUUUUUUUUUUAGAAUAAAUUCAGACCAUGUUUGAGGGACGAGUGUGGCUCAGGUUGUCUCCUCAUUGGUAGAUUGACACUUUGAUCCUAGCUCCUCCAGUCCACAUACCAAAGUGUCCUUGGACAAGACACUGAGUCCUACAUUGUUCCUGCCUUCAUAUCCAGCAGUGUCUAAAUGUGUAUAAAUAGGAAUAGAUCAUACUGAUGGGCUAUUUGCAUAGCAUCCCUCACUAUCAGAGUACAAGUUUGGUGUGAAUGGGUGAAUAUAGCACACAGGAUAAAGGUACUUUGGAGAAGGUGCUAUGAGAAGAGCUUGUAUACUGUUUUUUAUGUGUGUCUGUGUGUGGAAAUGUGAUGUUGAUAAAGCACGAUGGAAUAUAACUCAGCUUGUAUUUGUUGUGUCUGCUCUCACUCUCAGGCUGGGUUCUAAGCUCCCUCUCGGCGUCUCCCAGCCGCCACAAUUCACAAAGCUCCCUCCCAGCAUCUCUCAGCCUCCACAGUACACAAAGCGGCCCUGGGAGACUAAGCCUCAGGUCCGUCUGAUGCAGGAGCCCGCAGCCAGGAGCCAGCUUCAACAUCAGCCCCUCCUGGUCCGGCCGCUCAACCACAUCCCACACAUCAGAAACCCCAAACUGCGACAGUACUACCUGCAAGGUGAAGCUGCAGACCUGACAUUUUCAUGUCUUUGCAUGAAGUUAUUUCCAUACAGAGAGGGCUGGCUGCAGUGGAUUAAUGCUGCCAGGAAGUGGAGAUGCUUCUUCACUCUUGUGCUCUCCUCACAAUGUUUUUUUUUUGUUGUUAAGCAUGACAGAGAUGAUCUUUUCUCCCCACACAGGGACUUCUCUGGAUCUAAACAAUGCCACAGUGAAGCAGGAGCACAUGGCUGGACCGUCAGAUGACAGCACGGGCAGCAGGGUGAGUCAUAUGUUUGUGACUUUCCUGACUUUAUUUUGCUUGUUGAGUGCGCUGUAGAAACCAGCCGUGGGAACAGCAGGUAAGAGAGAAACUGGAAAGGGAUUUAUUGCUGUGUCUCUAUAUCAUCAUGAUUAUGUAAGAGUGAACAGAAUGUGUUGAGAGUGAUUGGUGUCUCAAUUUAUGGUCUUGAGAGAGUUUGAUAAAGAGUGUCCAAGGGUGAGAUGAGCUGUCAGAGGUGUUUCCAGGCGCCAUGGGAAAGCAGAGUCUUUUUCAGAGCUUGUACAACAAAUACAGCAGGAGGAAUGUAUAUUCAGACGCAUAUUCAAAGGUAGUGUUUGCUUGAUUUUUGACGGCAGUGCCGAGGUGUGUGUCUUUGUAUUAUUAAAAAUCUGAAAGGAGAGAAAGUGCUCAUUACAAAGUGUCCUGGACUGAUUUGUUAGUCUUUGCUUGACAAACUGUCUUUACGUCAAAAUGGAAGCUGACUUUGCUUCUAUUAGAAACAAGUGAGCUGAACAGGAGAAACAUCUGUUCAUGUGCAGCAGUUUAUAAUAUAUACUAAGCUUACAACAAAAACAGUAUGCAGACUUGUUCCUGGUGGUAUUGUUUGCUUUUGGUCAUGAAAAGUCAUCCAUGUGAAUUUCAGUCUGUUUCAUCCAUGAGAAAAAAAACUCCUCAUGGGUGCUUUAAAAUAUGCUCUGCUGUUGAAUUGUAUUGUGCCACUGUGAGAGGUGAGCCCGUGUGUGCAAUUUUAGGACAGAUGAAAUAUAAGAAACACCUUUCAGGCUGGAGUUUUGUAGAUAAUAGGACAUUUUGGUCCAUUUUUGUGGAAGAAAAAUAAAAAUAAUGAUGCAUACACACAUGCAGAUGCACACACAUUCAUUAACAAUCAAUACACAUUGUUAUUCUGUGGUAUUAAAUCUGCCAGGGGCCACAAAAUCGAUUCAAUUCAAUGAAUCUAUCUGCCAGCAGAUUGCGAUUUGUGUUGCUGUUACUUAAAGUCACUACUUUGCGGUUGCUUGAUCUUACAUUCUAACUUAAAAGUAUUUUAUGUACAUUAGUCCGAUCUGAUGUGCAAAUUUAGAGUGGAGUCAUGCACCACAGCUAACUUAGUUUUCAAGUCUGCAGCUAUUUAGGUUGAGCUAAACUUGUUAGAGGAGGUUUUGGAUUUUGUUCAGUUAACCUUGCAUUAAUAGGCUUUGUUCUGUUUAAGUUGGAGGCCUCUUUUACCAGAGAGACCUGGUCAAAAAUAGAAACAACAGACACAGUAGUUUUAGUAACACAAAAGUAAGUACACACAGUAGGUUGAGUGAAUUUCUACAGAGAUUUAAAUACAUUCAGGGUAAAAAUAAUCCAGCGAUAAAGAUUGUGGUUUCCUUCCCUUAAAAUGAAGAGAGAUCCUCUUCAGAAUCACCAUUUUCAUGUGUUGUACACUUGCAUCAUUUUUUUCCCUAUUUUCUUGCAUAUGUACCAAAAAGAACUAUGUUGUCUUUACAUUCAGAUUCAGAUGUUUCCUGAAAAUCUGUUUUGGUCUGUGUUUUAGGGUCCCCCUGGGGACACUGUCUUCAGCGUCUCAUCUCAGUUCGACACAAACAGCACAUCUUCAACAGCAGACAGUAAAAUGGGUCACAGUUCCUCUUCAAAUAUAAUCUCCUUUUCUGCUACACUCAUCCCCAGAGAGGUAAGAGUCAACUGUAAGCAGCUGAUGGCGUCUGUUUUAUGAAUUGUGUCAAUCGCAGGUGGUCAAGAAUGAAAAUUUGUCUGCUCCUGCAUUUCAGUAUUUGACAUGCAAAGCAACACCUGUCCUCUGCUGGCCUCAUGCUGCAUGCAUCCAGAUUAAGGCAGUCAGAUUGUUGCUCACUUUUUAACCCUUUCAGGCAAGCAAUGCCUCCCCCUGAAACUUAUUGUUGUGAGCACAGCCGGAUAGAUGACAAAAUGUACUCUUAAGUCAUGUUAUUGGCAUCAGUUGGUAAAUUGCAUCUGUCAUGUCCACCCUCAUGUGUCACAUGGAGCUGAGGUGUGACCAUAAACAAAGAAAAGAGGGGAAAUGCAGGCCAGCAGAAAGAGGAAGUAGUCACUUCAGUCACUGGUGUCUGUUUCAAUGUCAGAGCUAAUCUUAGCAUGGCUUCCAUUCUGAAGCAGCUGGUUGUGUCGAAGGGAAAAAUCACGCUGAACAGUGGAGGAUUGUCUCAACCAGAACCGGACUUGCACCCUGAACCUCUCCCCAAGUGUGAUGUGGAUGGGGAUCCGGAGUCUUCAGAGAUUCUCUCUGCUCAGCCUCAGUCCCCCUCACCAGAGGCAGAAUAUGACAAACUCCUGGUAAGCAGAAAAUACAAUGUGCAUGUGUAAUACGGGGUUGCCCUCAUGGGGAAAUAAUGUCCUUGUCUAUUGACUGGAACCGUUUGACCGUUUGAUAUUGUGGUUUGUUCAAUAUUGAGGGAUACAUUUCUUACAUUUAUAAUGAUACAACAUGUAUGGAUAUAUUUUUUUUAACUUGUGGGAGAUGUAGUUAUAAUCAGCUGAUUUGUAUCUCUGCAUGUUUUUAAGUGAUCUUUAAAAAAAAAGUUUGAUCCUGCAAAUUUUUAACAGCGACAUCUUUCACUUAUUGAAAAUCUUAGAUGUGAAAAUGUAAAACAAGGCUGCUUGUAGUUAAAACAUUUGCCUCACACCCAACCUAUGGAAGUGUUUUCUAACAUCCAAAAUGACUAUAAAGCAACCAGGGGUGCAGUGGAUGUGGAGGUUCAGUUCAGUUCACAAAUAAGCCAGAAAAGAAAGAGAUAUUUAUCCAACUCCUCUACAUCUUUCACCGAGUCGUGAUUCCUACCGUGCAUUUUAAGGCACAAUAAACAACAAUGCCUCUAACUUUAAAACAAUAUGUUCAUAUCGCUUUAAAGUUAUAUUUUUCAGAAUUGUAUGCCCUUGUACACCCGCUCUGCAUUUUUGGGGCUUUCACUGCAUGAUUGUUGUUCCUGCUUUCACCGUGACUUCUGUGUUUGAGUGAGUGGAGUUAGGAAGAGAGGACCUACACAGUUCAGUUUAAGUUUAUAUCAGCAAAUGGCAAAAGUGCAAGUGUCUUUUCUCCAUUCAUGAACAUUUGCAAAGUGUAUUUGGAAAACUUUUUCAUGCAGGUGUCAGGUGGCUGUAAUGAUGAUCACCCUGUUAGUGCAGAAAACUUUAGUUACUCAUCAGUUGUAAAAGGUUAUGUUGAAUGAAAUUAGACCCCAAGUACCACUCAUGGGACCAUUUAAAGGUCUUAACCUUUAAUUGGGAUACCUGAAGACUGAAAAACAGCCUGUGUAUAAAAAGUACAAACUAGUUCCUGCCAUCACGAUAAAAUUGUGCUAAUAAUGUCAAAUAUAAUCAUGAAUCACAUCCUACAUUUUGCUGAGAAUAAGCCAUUUUACUUAAUUGUUGAAGUUUAUUCCUGCAUUAAAUACUUUAAAUAAAGCAGGAUUGUCAAUCUAGUAUACUUACUUGUAAUGUGACUACAGUACUUAUUUCCUCAUUCUCAUGGUUUUUGAGUUACAUAACAUAAAUACAUUCAAAAAAACGGGUCAGAGAUCAGCUUUAACAAACAGAACUUGAACUACACUGAACAAAGCCUGAAAAUGAUGCUGAAGCCUAUCAUCGAUUUUGACAGUGAGAUAUGCAUCCUCAUCAAAAUUCCCUCUUGUUUUCAGCUCAGUUAAAAUGUGAAAUUAUUUUUAAUCCUAUGGUAUUAUGAGGAGGAUUGUGUUCUGCUUGGCAACAGCUGAACCAAAAGUAUCCCAUUUUCAGAAGUGUCUGCUCUUCUUUCUGAGAUCACUGUAGAUUUAUCACAGCUAUUAGACAGUAAUUAACUGUAGUGGAUGACAAAUGAGCUGAGAAGACUUCAUAAUGGAUCAAAUGAAUGGAACAUGUUGCCUUGGAAACGAGCACUAAAUCAAGUCAUAUUCAUCAAAACAUCACAGUUCUGGGUACAGAGUGAGUUUAUGUACAGUGCAUAGAAGAGAAACCCAUAACUCUGAAGGUUUUUAAUCUAACUGAUAAUUAAUUCAUCCAAAACUGGAAUUUAUUUAAUGUUCUGUGAUUACUGUGCACAUUUCUGUGAUUUAAAGGGAUAUUCUGGUGUAAAAUUAAUUAAAACACAUUAAUUAAAUUAAUUAAAAACACACCCUAACACAGAGUUAGACACCCCCUCGAGAGAUGAAUGUUGCCGCCCACUUGCUUCUCUAGUUAUACCAACUUUAGUAACGACCCCACAAUAGCAAUACACAGCGGUCUAUGGAGCCACACACAAACCUCAACCAAAAAGCCACUCUAUAGCCACAAAUAAUGCUAAGAACAGCCCCUAACUUCAUCAACAGUACAUAUAGAGUCCUAGCCACAGCACUAGCCACCAAAUAUCUUUUUAGCUUUGCCUGAUUUCUUUAGCAAAGAGACUAAACACAAUUAACCUACUCUCUUCCAGCAGCCGAUUGUUUGUAGCAAGACCUUGGGCCAGUCCAUUAUGGACUACACUGCAGACUACUACCACGUCUGCAGUGCAAAAUGAUUAAUAUGGUGAUUAUUACUUCAAGGAUAUGAUAAAGAAAUUAUCAUAAAUGUUCUUCCUUGAGCUGCGACACCCCGCAGCAGUCUGUAAUGGACUUGUCCGAGGUCUACCUACAAACAAGCAGCUGCUGAUAGAGAGUAGGUGAGUUGUGUUUAGUCUCUUUGCUAAAGAAAUGAGGCAAAGUUAAAAAGAUGUUUGGUGGUUAGUGCUAUGGCUGGGACCCUAUAGGUACUGUUGAUGAAGUUAGGUGCUGUUCUGAGCAUUAUUUGUGGCUAUAGAGUGGCUUUUUGGUUGAGGUUUUUUUAUGGUUCCUCCGCUGUGUAUUGCUAUCGUGCAGUCGUUACAGAAGUUUAGAUUAGAUUAAAAUAAUAAUAAUAAUUAAAAAUAUCUACCAUAUUUUAGUUUCAGCUUCUUGAUGUUUACGCUAACAUAAAAUGUGACACUCACAGGAUGUGGAGGCGGUGCCAAUGCCUGAUGGACAGCUCUGCUUAUUGGCUCUUCCACCAGAGUGCUGUCAAGGGGAGGGACCAGAGACCAUGCAGUACCUCAAACUGUUCUGCCGCUACAUCACAGACCGCAAGGUGGGUGGCACCUCAAGUCUGAUCUCCGUUUUAUUCUCAUCUCCCUACGCUAAAACUUCCUACUUUUUCCAGGGCGUGGUUUCAGGUAUCCUGCUGGUGACUUCAAACAAAAUUUUCUUCGACCCAUGUAAGACACAUCCGCUGGUGAAGGAGCACGGCUGUGAAGAAUACCUCCUGUCCUGCUCUGUUGACAACCUGUCGUCUGUCUCCUUCUUCUCUGACAUCUCACAUGUUCACUUCAGCAAGUCCCAGCAGAGGUCAGCAAAGAUGCAAACACAAACACACAGAAUCUGAUACAUGAGAGUCGAUACAAAAGUUCUUGGAUGUUGUUUUUUUCGAUAGGAGAAGAGGAAAGAAAUUUUUCCAGAAGAUGAAAUCCACAAGAAGGCAAGCAGGCAGCCUCCCAAACCAAAAGGGGGAAUUGAUCCCUGCUACAGUAUCUGUGGCUCCAUCAGAUUUGUCCACUCUGGCUCUGAGCCUGACCAAAGAGGUUUCUGUAGAGGAGGAGGAGGCAGAGGAGGAAGCAGAGAGCAGAGACAUGGCAGAGGCUGAGGGAGAGCUGGAUAGCAGCUCACAGAGGGGACGAUUGGAGGAGCCUGCAGGCGUUCUUGGUGUGGCCGUCCUCAGCAGUGCUGCCACCUUCUGCUGUGGAGGUCAGGAGGUGGAGGGUAGAAUGAAGGCGGAGACGCUGGGCACUGUUAAAACAGAGAAAUCAUCUGUAGAGAGUCAGACUGCAGGUAUAAUGUGUUCUAACUGAAAUACAGUUUAUUUAAGGGUUUUAUUACUCAAAAAAAGUCACCCCUGCCCCUGUUUGUCCCGCCAGUGCCUCGCAGGUUAUCAGCAGGGAGUCCCGGGAGUUUGAUGUUUGUGCGGCUGCGGGUUCAGCCGACUGCAGGGAAGAAAAAGGCUGCAGGAGGCCUUCAUCUUGGAGCAGCUAGAACUUCAUCCAGAAGGGAGGCCUGGCUUGCCCUAUCACAGGAAAGGUACAGUGAGUGCUGUUAGAGUAAUGUACCUGCACUGGGAAUUCAAAGAGGUUCAGUCUGAACAUCACAGGCCUGAGAUUUUCUGCAUAUUUAAACUGGAAGCAGAAAUGUGUCAAUGUAGACUGAGAAUCAAACAAUUUGUGGUCUGACAUAAAAUCCAAAAUUUCUCAAAAUGCACCUCAGCAAAAUGUUUUGUCUGACUGUACCAAAAGAUCUCCUUCAAUCAAAACCAGUUUUAUGAUAAUUUCUCCAUAAAAGAUUCAAAGUCUAAAACCUAGGCCAGAAUCCCUCUGCUAACUCAUGGUAGCUAUCAUCAGGACAAUUUGUCAAACAGAAUUUCAUCAUUUUCAUAGUCUGUGAAGCACUGGGCUGAACUUCAUGUCCAAAUCAGACCAUUGUUGACUUAUUCAGACGGGUGUCCUGUAGUUAUUACACAAACAGGUCUCUCUGGUGGAAUAUUCAAUCUCUGCCUCCCCCCUAAGUCCGCUCAUUCAGUGAGUGUUUUAGAAACGAAAACAUCAGCCAACUGGGAGAGAGAGAGAGAGAGAGAGAGAGAGGUUCAAAGGUAGAUCUUUUAGAAAUAAGUUGUGAGGUAUGUAUUAAACUGUUAAAGAGACAUGGACGAUGCUAAACACUUUUCAACAGAUGCAAAUAAGAAUUCUGAUUAGGUCAGACCUGGCGACCAAAAGCAAUAACCAACAAAAUAUUGACUUUGCUCUAUUGCAAUUCUUACCUUUCCAUGAUAAAAACACUCCAUCAAAAGGUCUGAAGCGGCUAAAAUAGAACCUCAGGUGAGAGAAAAAUACUUACUAAAGCACGUGUUCAGCUCUCCAGGUCCUCCCCCGACAUUGUCUCUUUUGUCUUUUCUCUCCAUGUUGACGCAGCUGUUGAGUUUUGUUUGUCAUUUCUCUCCCCCUGCAGUGCUGACGAGCUAUACUCCUACCUAACACACUGUCGACCAGACCUGUGCAUACUGGAGGAGGGAGAGGAGGGUGGGGAGGCAGACCGCGACGAAGAGGAGUUUGUGCUAAUUGAGGACAAAGAGGAAGAAGGGGAAGAAGAGGAGGAUGAUGAGGACGAGGAGGAGGUGUUUCAGAGGCACCGCGGCACAGGGGACGACUGGGAGGCGAGUCUCACAACAAAAAUGGAUGAAAAUGAACUUUGCUGCUUGUUCAAAUAAAAACAGGGUCUUGUGCUUCGGUAUGUUUGCGAACAAUCUGGAUUUGUGCGUUUUGUUUCUCAUGUGUGAAUUUUUCAUCUGCAGAUGGUGUUAAUGGAAGAGAGCGGGGACAAGUCCACCCUGGUCAUCGACAGGGACCCUGAAGGACUUGUUAAUAUUGUAGAGAGCAGCGACAUUUUAGAGGCUUCACAUGUCAGAGAGGUGAGUGACACAUUACACACUGUUUACACACUACAACUGUUUUUCUAAACCACAUAUUACUGCUAGUACUUACUGUUUGUUAGUUUAAAAUGAGGCUUACACACACAAAAAAUGUUUGUUUUCCUAUAGUUUCUAAGAUUAAAUGAUUUAUAACUUUAAUUAUAAAUUUUAGAGUCAUGUUCACAAUCUUUUUAGCUGUAAAAAGAACAGCUUAUUAUGACUGCCCUGCAGAUGUUGAGACUUCAUUUAUAAAUGAAGAGGCUGCUAGGAAACUCCUCUUGCCAUUCAGAGCCAAACAACCUCUAAAACAAGAGUAACCUCACCAGCUGUUAUAAAUAAAGACAAUCUUUUAAAUAAGUAAAUGAAUAAAAUUUUAAAUUACACAGCAAAUUUUAUUUUUGGCGUGGAAAUUAUUAUUUUUAUUUUCAUUGUUUAAGCCAUUUUUGUGUGUUUUAAUUGUUCUAUUAAAGUGAAAGUCCUUGGCAUGACAAUGUUUUAUUAAACCAGUUAUGGAAAUUUAUAUUUGACACUUUUUUGUGACUGAUUUCUGAGACACAAGUUUUUUGUUUUUUUUAUCAUUGUUAUGGGUGAACUUGUCAGAGUGGUGAGUUUAAAGACAGAGAGAAUGCAGUACAAAUUGUAAACCCCCCUUUGUUAUUCAUGAAAUAUAACUGAGUUUACUUGUUCAGUACUAGUGGCCUGUUACGCUUGUUCACUUAUACAGCUUAAAGAUUAGCACCUCAGUAAGUUCAUUCAUCUAUUGACUUGUUAGCUGCACCUGCUACUGGAGGAGAUGUUAAUGUUUAACUUCUCUGCAUGUGAGAACUGGGAUUUGUGGUGCAGCCAUGUUUGUAUGUAGGGAACAGGGCACUCUAACAGACAUCCAGAGUCUGAUUUCUGUUCAUUUCUAUGACAUUGACCUUAAAUACUCCUCCUCUCCUCAUGUCUUCUCACAGCUGUGUAAGGAGCUUCCCCCCAGGACAAUAGGCCACAGCUGGCAGCUGGCGUACAGUACAUCCCGUCAUGGCGCCAGUCUCAAAUCCCUCUACAGAAAACUCAGUUCCACAGACUCCCCUGUGCUAAUCGUCAUAAAGGAUGCGCUGGAUGAGGUAAAAAACACCAUACAUCUCUUACAAAAUUUAUGACUGAUUCAUGGUGUUUUAUGUUAUUUUUUAUUGAUUGUUGCAAUCUCUAUCAGAUAUUUGGGGCCUUCCUCUCUCACCCUCUGAAGCCCAGUGAGACCUUCUAUGGUACAGGAGAAACCUUCCUCUUCAUGUUGCAUCCUCGCUUCAAGGUAAACCAGCCCAGAAUUGUGCUGCUGUGAUACUUACAAGACAUUUCUGAGAAAAAGCCCCUGGAUGACCACCUUGAAAUGACAGGGGUGUUGUUGGCUGCAUGUUAAAUAUGGACAGGACUUGAAAUGGAGACAUCUGCGAUUUAUGAAGUGGCACGAAACUGAAUCUGCCUUUUUCUCUUCAGUGUUUCAGAUGGACUGGAGAGAACUCCUUUUUUAUAAAAGGAGACUUGGACUCAUUCUCUAUUGGUGGAGGCAGGUAAUACUUUUUAAACACUUGGUCAUCUUUAAAGUUUAUCCUCUCUAUUCAGAAUAUAAUCAGUUCUCCAUAUGUGGAAAAAUAACAGCCUCUUUGUCCUUCUGUUCACCUCUCUACGCUCUCUGUUUCCCUCAGUGGUCACUUUGGUCUGUGGGUGGAUGAGAACUUGUACUUGGGUCGCAGCAGCCCUUGCUACACCUUUAAUAACUGCUGCCUCGCAGAAACCGACGACUUCCGAAUCAUGGAGCUGGAGGUGUGGACGUUCAGCUGAAGAGACAAGAGUGAAAACUCUCUGACUCACUUUGUCCGCAUUUAUCACUGAGCAAACCCAAACACAGCUCAUUCAUGCCAUGGCAACACCCAUGUAAAAAGAUAUCAAACCCAAACUGCAGGAUUUGUGUGAUUCAGCGCUGCAGAUAUAAGUGAGCUGUGAUGAACAGAACAAGGCUCAGGGUGCUGGGGUGGGGUGGGGGGGUUUAAUAAUGGACUGUUUCAUGGAUGACUCAUUCCUGUGGGUUUGAAAACCAGACUGGGUUCUGCUGAGCCGACUGGAGCCCAACUGUUAUGAAACAGGAUUCCUUGAAUACUUGCUUUUUGAAUGGAGUCGGUUACGAGCCUCAGAGACUGCACCUAAUACUUAAUGUGAAUCAGUAAGUUCAUGAUAACUCGUCAUUUUUAAUGUGAACAUGAAGAAACACUGUCCUCUGAGGUAAUGCAUGUACCCUUUCAUUUAACUGUGAUCAUUUAAUUCUAUGUUUGACACACAAACUAGUCUUCAGAUCACAUUUCUGAGCUUCACAGUUUCAAAAAUCUCCUUCAUUAGACGGCAUUUAAAUUUCAAGAUUUCCAUCACUUACUGUCACACGAAACAGAAAUGAUACCAUGUUUAUCUCUUUGUGAAAAGCGUCUUUGUUAAAGACCAUCUGUACUUUCUGUAGCCCUUAGAGUCUCAUUCAUGAAUACUCUGAACUUUUAUUUUCAGUGCUGACUCAUUCACCAUCAUGGUUUCUGAAAUAUCUGUAUCAAAUUAGUAACCAUAGUAACAGAGCUCUUGCUCCAAAAGUUGGCUCUACUUUGCUUUUGUGGCGCACUAAUGUGGAUAAGCUAAUAAAAAUCAGCACAAACUGGCAAUAUGAACAUUAAAACACAUUUGUUUGAUUAAUAGUCAAA